CAGCAGCGGUGGCGCAUGCGCAGAGAGCGGCGGGGUGCUGGCAGCCGGGCCCGGAGGAGCCGUCACUCAGCCGGUCAUGUCGUACGGGCCGCUGGAUCCAUAUCGGGCCGGAGCGACGGCCCCGCCGAGGGAUUUUAGUGGAAUCAUACAAACAUGCAGCGCCAACGUGCAGCGCAUCGCUCAGUACACUGCUCAGAUAAAGAAUUUGAUGAGCCAGCUGGGAACCAAGCAGGACUCCAGCAAACUGCAGGAAAACUUACAACAGCUACAGCACUCUGCAAACAGCUUGGCCAAAGCGACCAAUGAGUAUCUCAAAGAACUGGGAUCUCUACCACUUCCUCUGUCUGCUUCUGAACAGCGUCAACAGAGGCUUCAGAAAGAACGUUUAAUGAAUGAUUUCUCUGCAGCCUUAAAUAAUUUCCAGGCAGUACAGAGGCAAGUGUCAGAGAAGGAAAAAGAGACUGUAGCAAGGGCAAGAGCUGGCUCCCGUAUCUCUGCUGAUGAGCGGUUCAGAGAAGAACAGCUUGUUUCAUUUGAUAGGCUGCUCUCCAUCAAGACUUUCACCCUGGUUGAUUCCCCCCUUUUUGUGGGGGAUGGUGAGAGGAAAGGAAGUGGUGAAGACUGGAACCAAAUGCAGUCUCAAGAAGAAGAUGUGGCGAUAACUGAACAGGAUCUUGAACUUAUUAAAGAAAGAGAAACGGCAAUCAGGCAAUUAGAGGCCGACAUUUUGGAUGUCAAUCAGAUAUUUAAGGAUUUAGCCAUGAUGAUUCAUGACCAAGGAGAUAUGAUUGAUAGCAUAGAGGCAAAUGUGGAAAGUGCAGAAGUUCAUGUGGAAAGAGCCAGUGAGCAGUUACAGAGAGCUGCCUAUUAUCAGAAGAAAUCCCGUAAGAAGAUCUGCAUCCUGAUUCUUGGUCUUGCUGUGGCUUCUAUACUCGUAGGAUUAAUUAUCUGGUGGGCAAGAGGGUGAAAUCUUCACAUGGAUUCUUGUCUCAUUGCUGAGAAUAUUUUCCCCCAGCACGAAAAGGCAGACUAGUUUUGGAAAUGAAACCACCCUGAGAGAGCACAAGCUGGAACUACUUCUAGUAAUAGUUAUUAGCAACUAAUGUGCAGACAACUAGUAUUUGGAAUUAGUGAACCAUGGAGACAGUAUUUAUCAGUUUAUAUACAAAUUAUAUUGUUUUAUGUAACUAACAUCUCGUGGUUUUGCUUUCUGUAAUGUAUUAUUCCCUGUCCCGACUGUAUGCUGAAGUGUGAUCGAUAAUUGGAGAUGUCUUGUUUCACUUGACAAGUGGCAGACAUUGAACUUUUUAUAUGUACAGAUAACUUUGUUGGACUGGAAUAAGAACGACAUUCAAAGAGGGCACAACACUAACUUUCAUUACCUUAAUCCAGCAGUUUCUCAAGUCUCUGGUAUCUGCCCCAUGGUUUUAUUAGUCUCUGGGUGGCUGUGGUUCUAAAUUUGAUUGAAAAGAUGCCACUGCAGAUCUGAAAAGCAAGAAGUAUGCAUGGGUGAUAGAUGGAACAAGUGUGCUCAGGAACCGGUCACUUUAGCCUUGAGACUCAUUGCUUUUAUUAAUUUUUGUGCAUGGUUGGGGUUGUUUUGGUUUAUUUUAAUGCACCGGUUGAGUACUGUAAGUCCUGUAAGUCUAAGGACACCCAAUCUAGCAGUGCAAUGUCAUUGAAGAAAUGAGCUGAUGGUUUAUCAUUGGAUGAAUAAAUCUCUUCCAUUUUUGGUUCUCAAAGCACUAAAACACAAAGCUGAGCUCCCCACUUUGUAGCCCUGAACUGACACGCACUGAGGGAUCAGCAGUCUGUCCGGUAUCGUGUGGUAAAUGCAUCAUACUGACCCAUUUUGUAUCUAACCCUUUAUUCCACGUCUCCUGCGUAAUAAAAUACAUGUGAAAGCUGGGAAGGGGGAGGGGUGUUCUCCCAAUAAAUUGCACAUUGGUUUGCACUACUUACGCCAUCAUUCCAUCUAAUAACUAUCAAUAAACACUUUUAAAGGCC